CAACUCAAACAGGAAGCUUCAUCUACUUUGAACAUUUCAAAGUUGCACGUUAUUAUUAGACCCUGCAAGUGCCACCAUUACCAUUCCACUACAUAUACAACAACCAAAAUCCAACAUUAAUCAAAUAGAUUUUUUACAAAACCCAAAAAUAAUCUCACUCUAAUUUCAACAAAAAUCAGCUGAAAUCAACAAAAAAGCAAACAGUACAUACAUUGAACAAAAGUACAAAACCAAAGCCUUUAGUUUCAACAAGUUUCAAGGAUCAAGAUAAUGGCAGGGGCAGAGCAAUUCAAUCGAUUACCAGAAGAUUGCAUUUCUUCAAUUCUAUCUCUUACUUCACCUAAGGAUACAAUUAGCGUCUCUCUGGUUUCUUCCUUUCUCCGAUCAGUGGCAUCAGCUGAUUUUGUCUGGCAAACAUUCCUGCCUUCCGAUUAUAACCGAAUUAUUGACAAAUCUGUCAUAUCAUUGAAUUAUUCUUCCAAAAAAGAGCUUUUUGUUCGUCUCUGUAACUCGAUUCUCCUUGAUGGUGGUAACAAGAGCUUUGCGUUAGAGAAGUCAAGUGGGAAAAAAUCAUAUAUAAUCUCAGCUGAAGAACUGUCCCUUUUAUAUGGGGAAGAACCAGAUCACUGGGCCUGGAAAUCUGUGCCAGAAUCAAGGUUCUCAAAAGUGGCUGAACUGAAAGUGAUAUGCAAAUUAGAAGUAAAAGCAAAGCUAAGGACAAGUAUGCUUUCUACAAACACGAAUUAUGGAAUUUAUUUCAUACUGAAAAUCUCGAAUCGUGCAUUUGGUCUGAGUUCAUUGCCAGUAGAGAUUAGUGUAGAAAUUGGCAAUCGGAAAGAAGUUCACACAGCGACUCUGGACCACCGGAACGGUGAAACAGAGCUGCCGGAAGAAAAACAGAGGAAUCAAAGAGUGCCGUGUAGAAGGGAAGAUGGAUGGCUAGAGAUUGAACUAGGAGAAUUAUUCAACGGUGGAGAUGAAGAUGAGGAAGUUACUGUGUGUUUAAAGGAGGUGAAGGGAUGUCAUGUAAAGGGUGGACUUGUCAUUGAAGGCAUUGAAGUUAGGCCUAAAUAAUAGAGGAAAAUUCAAAGAUACAAAAUGAAAUUUUAAGAUUAUAUCAAUUUGGAUGAAUUCAAAAAUCAUGUCAAUUUUAAAAAAUGCAAUGUUUUUUUUUUUUUUAAAAAAAGGAGGUGUUUUAAUGUUGAGCAGUUCAAAUUAUGAUACAUUAUUUGAUUCAUCUU